AUGGCAGCUACACAGGAACAACCUCAUGGGCUAGACGACUCCUCCAAAAUAACACCUACGCGCCCCGUUGUGGCACGCAUGUACGACUGGUACCUCGGCGGUACACAUUCCUACGAAAUCGACCGUCAGGCCGCCGCAGAAGUAGCGCAAAAAUUCCCAGACAUCAUACCCACCGCGGUCGAAAACCGCAUGUUCUUGCGCAGAGCGGUAAGCUGGCUUGCUCAAAAUGACGUUACGCAGUUCAUCGAUCUAGGCUCCGGACUUCCCACCACUGGAAGCACGCACGAGACUGUGUUGGCAGUUAACAACAAGGCGAGGGUGUUGUAUGUGGAUAUUGAAGAAAGCGCCGUGCAACAGGGGAAGAAGACGAUAAGUGAGGGAGGAUGGGAGCUGCAAGUCGGCAUGAUUCGCGCAAGUGCCCUGGAACCAGAUGCUAUCGUUGCGCACCCCGAGACGCAACGUAUCAUCGACUUCAACGAACCUGUCGCGAUCAUGAUGUUCGCGCUGAUCCAUUUCUGGACACCUACUCAGUAUAACCCUGUUCUUCAUUUCUGGAAGUCGAAUGUGGUAAAGGGAAGCGCAUUCGUGAUGACUCAUGGGACGGAGGAUGGGAGAAACGAGGAAGAGCGCAAGCAGUUGGAUGAACUAGCUCAUGUGUAUAAGCGGACGCCGACGCCGGUGAUCUGGAGAACAAAAGAGGACGUUAAGCUUGUGAUGGAGGGGUGGGAAUUAGUAGAACCGGGUUUGGUGAGACCGCAUUUGUGGAAGGCGGAGGAGGUGAUGAAGGAUGGGGAGAAAUGGCCGCUAACGAAGAUGUGGUGGGCUGCUGUGGGGUUUCUUGAGUGA